ACGUUGUAUUGUCACUGCAUAGAACGGCAUAUCACUCAUUCGUUUAUUUUUCAAUUUACCUCGUGGUUUUUGCAUUACUUACACGUCUUAUUAAUUUUAAAAAAUACAGCAUGGUUACCCUAGUUCAAUAAUUUUACCAAAUUAAAACAAUAUAAGAUUAGUUUUUAUAAUGAUUGUUAUUUAUUAAAGCUUAAUAUUAAAUAUGAUAUAAAAUAAUAAAUAAAUAUAAUAUAAUUUGAUCAAAUUAAAACAUUAUAAGAAUAAUUGUCAUAAUGAUUGUUUAUUAAAGCGGUUUUGCAUGAUACUUAGCAAUUAAUUAAUACAAAUAAUUUGUAAUGGAAGAAUUGGCGUGUGUUCGAUGUAUGAGCUCCAAGUUCAGAAAUCCGAAUUUGGUGUUUAAUUUUAACAUAUGUGGACAUUCAAUGUGUGCAAAUUGUAUAGAAGUUGCAUUUAUCAAAGGUUCUGGUCCGUGCCCAAAAUGUCUGACUCCAUUAAGACGUAAUGCUUUUAAACUCCAACAAUUUGAAGAUGCUACAGUAGAUGUAGAAGUUGAAAUACGUAAGAGAAUAUUACGAGAUUUUAAUAAAACAGAAGAAGAUUUUGAAACCUUAGACAAGUAUAAUGAUUAUCUAGAAAUGGUAGAAGACAUUAUUUUUAAUUUAGUUAAAAAUACUAAUGUAAAUGAUACUAGAGAACGCAUAGAGCAAUAUAAAAAAGAGAAUAAAGACAUUAUUAUUAGGAAUAGAAUGAAAUUAAAACGUGAAGAGCAAGCUCUUGAUGAAUUAAUUGAAGAAGAAAAAUUACACACUCAAUAUAAAAGAGAUGAAUUAUUGAGAGAUGAAACUGAACAAAGAAAUAAAAAGCUAAGGGUAGAUGCUGAGUUGAUUGAUAACUUAGCUCAUUCAAAUUCUAAUGUUAAAGAUAUUAUUAGUUCUUAUGUGAAUAAAAAAGAAGAAAUUCCUAUAGUAUCUAAACCUUUAUCUGUACCAAAAUCUAUUAACUUCACAAAUUUCUCUACUGGUAUUAAAUUUAAUCAAUCUUCUAUACCUAUUCAAAUUAAAGAAGGUCCAUUAUAUAAGUAUGAACCAUAUUCUAUUCAGCUUUAUGGACCUCCUUGUCCAGAAAUCACCCAAUUGGAUUCAUUAGGGUAUUUAAAAUAUAUUAGGAAUGGAACUGUAUCAGAACAAGCUGGAGGUUUUCUAAUUAAGACUUCAUGCUUGCAUUACAUACAAGAAUGUGUAUCAUCGCUCUUUGAACGUAAAAGUGGCAAUUAAUAACAACUCAAACCAAUUUAAAUACCCACGUUAUGUGUUCAUUACCAAAGAUGUAUAUUUUAUUUAAUACUUAAUUAUUAUAAGUUAUUGGAGUAUUAUAAAAGUUUUUGUAUGACUAUCUUAAUUAAAAUAAUAUUGUAUAUUUUUUACAUAUAUUCAGUAUGUAUUAUUUUUUUUUUUUUUACAAAGUGUUUUCCUUAUUUAUUAGUAAUAUAUAUUUUUUAUUUAUUUUAGUA